AUGUUGAAACUCCAGGGGAGAGGAGCUGUUUGCUUUAGCCUUGACCCUCCAACAGCAGCCCUUCCUGCAGGAAAGAGCAUUCUGGGCCUUGGAUCAAGUGCCCUGCUGGCCCACAGACUGGUGAUCAAGGGAACCACCCCUGCCACCGUUCUUCAGCCCUCUCUCACCCCAGCCCCUGACUUGUCCUAUGGUGACCAGGUGACUGGAAUCCCCUUGCACAUCCUCAACAGCUCUCCAUCGGACCAGCAGAUUAACCAGCUGGCCCAGAGGCUGGGCUCCGAGUGGGAGCACGUGGUGCUGUCACUGGGCCUGUCCCAGACUGAUAUCUAUCGCUGUAAGGCCAACCAUCCCCACAACGUGCAGUCGCAAGUAGUGGAAGCCUUUGUCCGCUGGCGCCAGCGCUAUGGGAAGCAGGCCACCUUCCUGAGCUUGCACAAGGGCCUCCAGGCCAUGCAGGUGGAUCCCUCCGUGCUCCAGCACCUGCUGGAGUAAUGUGCCCCUCGCCCACCGGAAGCGAGUCCCAGGUCGCACACACUCAAUCCUGACUUUACUCAGAGCAGGUAGCCUUUUGUUUGGUUUCAUUCUUUUUAAUGAUCUUUAGAUGGAAGGAGAAAACAGGUUUUCUCUCUGACAUUACUUAAAAGGCCAAAUUAUCAGUAGAUCUCCCAUGCUGGUACCAACUCAUUGUUUUCAAUUGCUUAAAGAUUGAGUUAUGGGUUAGUAGAGUGACUCAAGUAGUAGAACACAUGCCUAGCAAGCGUGAGGCCCUGAGUUCAAAUACAGUAUCACCAAAAAAAAUAAUGAUUAAAAAAAAGAUUGAAUUGUAAUUGUGCAUUUUUAAACUGUGUGAGUUCCAGGUGAACUAUAGUGGGUCAAAAAGAAUGCCAUGUAGCAAAAAGACAAAAACUAAACAAAUAAACAACAAAAAGCAAUGUGUAACCACAUUACAUGUAGGUGUCCCAUAUAUAAAACAUCUGCUUUUACAUUGCCUGGAAACUGAACUGUGGACGUGCUAUUCAUAGUGAUUAAGAUAAUAAAAAAUGAAUUACUAUAUCUAACAUGCCUCUUUCAUGAGAAAGCAAUGUGUGUUUUUUCUCACUCUUAUAUUGCAUAAAUUAAGGGAUGAAAUUACAGCAGGCAUUUCUUUGGAAUGGAAUUGACAUGAAAUGGUGACUUCUGCCCCAUCGAGGUAAGUAGCUCAGGCAAGAUGUCUGUUGUUAAGCAUAUGACACUGAAGCUUCCUGCACAGGUCAAGUCAGGAGCCAACAGUGCGUCAGAGCCCUUUCUCCUUAACAGAUUGCUGAAGAGAAUCUGUGCUGUUUAUCUGAAGCAUUAAAUGGAGGGAUAAAAGGGCGUGGUCUUUCCACUGCAGCACAAGACUGAGGUGUUGUGC